AUCUCUAUACAAGCAAAUACAUAAAGUAUCUACAAAAAUCUACAUGACUAUCACAAAUUAAUGGGAAAACAAUUUUAUUAAUUUAAGAGCGAUGUUGGCGAAGCCACCUUGUGAGCUGUGGUGGCAAGUGCACCCAUAAUUAUAUUAAUAGUCACAAUUUUAUAAGCAAAAACAUUGAAGUUUUGAUGGAUUUGAUGACAAAACUCAUCCCAUGCACCCAUAAUAUAUUAUAUUAAAUUUCUUUCAUACAUUUUUUAAAUUUUAUUACCCAUAGUGCACCCAUUCAUUAUGUUUUCUAGAUUCGCCCUGCUUCUUAACCGGUAACAUUAUUUUUGGUUAACAAAUGAAUUUCAUUACUUUCAUUAAAAAACACCAAAAGAUACCUCAGCAUGAGAAUCUCAUUUGGAGAAUCAUUCUGAGUUCCUUUGAUAUGAGUGAUGAACUUGUGUGGUUGACUGGUUGUUUGAAAAAUCAGGUGAAUAUUCGACAAAAUAAGGUUAUACUCUGAUCAAGACCAGCUCGCAGCCCUUCGAACCAGAGUUUAAUUGGCAAAAAAAUAUCAGGCAAAUUAAACCAUCAUCGAAGCUGAAACACUUCCUUUGGAAAUUAAAAAAUAGAGCUGUUUAGGUUGGUUCGAACUUGGAGGCACGAGGGAUUCUGAUCGAUAAUCGCUGCAAGCGUUGUAAUGGAAGUGAACCGGACCUCCAUGUCUUUCUCCACUGCCAUUUUGCGUCAAGAGGUUGAAAAGGGGACACGGAGUGACAAUGUCUAUAAAGAUCCACAGGAGAACACUUGUAGGAUGCUUACCGUUUGGUCUCAUCCUGAAUCUUACGUCCUUCCGCCGGAGGAACAAGGUGGUAAAGCGUCACCGACAAAUUCUGAAGAUUACAAGACACCGCCAGAAGAUGAUCCGAUGACUGAAUCUCGCACAACAGACGUUGGGAAUUCGAAGCUGAGUCGAUAUCUGACUAGGUCAUUAAAAAAAGCAGAGCUAGAAGGGAAAUGUAUUCCAAUAAGCUCAACCAAAAAAGAUGACCUCCAGACGAAGCGUAUUCCGAGACGUUCAACAAAGAUUGGAGGAGUGUACACCCCAGACAAGAGAUUGAAGAAGCUUUUCCAAAGCUGCAAGAAACCCAAAUAUACGCCCUUAGCAGACUUGGAGAAAGCGCAGUUUCAAGAGUUUCAGUCAAUUCUCCGCGAGAAACCGGCACAGGAAUUCGAAAUUGUUAUUGGGAUCCAUGUCUCAAAUAAGUUCUUCCUGUCGUUGGCGAGACCAACAAAUUGGGUCAGUACCGAGGUAUUCAAAUCAUCAGAACUUAAUCCGUUUUAUUCAAGUGGUUUGUACAUAUUUUUAUAAUGGUUGUACAUAUUUUUCAGCACAUUUCUGUGCUAAUUAGUAUGCUAGUAAGGCGACAUGGACGCAAUUAUCUGAGUCGGAGGUGCAGAUUUGUAGACUACUUCAGUAUUGCGGGCAUCAUAUCAAAGUUCGCAGAGUUCGAGAAGGCCUCAGAUAAAUUGGGAUUCAAUUGGGGAGGGCUUGUCAGUUUCAGUUUCACCGGAAAAACGCCGCGUCGGAAUGACAAGAAGGUGUUGUUGGUUGAUGUGGACAGGGUGUACGCCCCAAUGAUGUGGGGAAAAGAUCAUUGGGUUGGUCUUGUGAUCAACUUGACAUGCAGACAAGUGGAGAUUUUGGACUGCAACAUUCCCCUUAAUGAGUCCGAUAAUGAGGUGAACAAGCACAUGGCUUAUCUUCUACGCGCAUUGCCUCAUGUCUUAGCUGCGUUUUCGCCUCCUUCCGAUAGUAGUCAUCCUGAAGAAGACCAAGCAUUUUCAUGGGUGCGUCCAGACAAUAUUUACUUCAACAAAGGUCUG